GCGUUUACGCCGUCCCCCCUCAACUCGCAUCCGUUUGUGUUGGAAAAAAGGACUUUGUGAAAUUGUAGCGAUGUCAGUACAGGUUGUUGCAGCGAAAAUGGCCGAGGUCGAGCUGAACGACAUUCCCACCAAAGAGUUGGCAGCUGUAUCCCCAGUGACACCAAAAGCUGAGGAGAAGGGGCUAAUCAAAAAUGAGACGAAUCCCGUCGCGUCUACUUCGUCCGCUGCUCCUGCGGCGGAGACUGUGAGAGGGGACCCUAGCCCUUCGCCAACCCCUUGCCCGAACCCCGUGAAGAUGCCGCAGGCGUCCGCUAUGAAGCGAACAGAUGCCCAGCAAAACGGCGAAGCUUUCCUAAACCGCGAUGGUACGGUAGCCGAAGCCCCAAGGAUGAAAAAGCAGAUCCAGUUUGCUGACCAGAAGCAGGAGUUCAACAAGCGCCCCACCAAGAUCGGCCGCCGCUCCCUCUCCCGCUCCAUCUCCCAGUCCUCCACAGACAGCUACAGCUCAGCGGCCUCCUACACAGACAGCUCUGACGAUGAGACCUCCCCCCGGGACAAGCAGCAGAAGAACUCCAAGGGCAACUCCGACUUCUGCAUCAAGAACAUCAAACAGACCGACUUCGGCCGCCGCGAGAUCGAGAUCGCCGAGCAAGAGAUGCCGGCCCUCAUGGCUCUGAGGAAGAGAGCUCAGGGGGAGAAGCCUCUGGCUGGAGCCAAAGUGGUGGGAUGUACACACAUCACUGCUCAGACCGCUGUGCUGAUGGAGACUCUCUCCGCUCUGGGUGCUCAGUGCAGGUGGGCCGCCUGCAACAUCUACUCCACCCAGAACGAGGUGGCAGCUGCCCUGGCAGAGGGAGGGUUCUCGGUGUUUGCGUGGAAGGGCGAGUCGGAGGAUGAUUUCUGGUGGUGUAUCGAUCGCUGCGUCAAUCUGGAGGGCUGGCAGCCCAACAUGAUUCUGGACGACGGGGGCGACCUGACCCACUGGAUCUAUAAGAAGUACCCCAACAUGUUCAAGAAGAUCAAAGGCAUCGUGGAGGAGAGCGUCACUGGGGUUCACAGGUUGUACCAGCUGUCCAAGGCCGGCAAGCUGUGCGUGCCCGCCAUGAACGUGAACGACUCGGUGACCAAGCAGAAGUUCGACAACCUGUACUGCUGCCGGGAGUCCAUCCUGGACGGGCUGAAACGCACCACAGAUGUGAUGUUCGGGGGCAAACAGGUGGUGGUGUGCGGAUACGGAGAGGUGGGAAAAGGCUGCUGUGCUGCUCUGAAGGCCAUGGGCUCCAUUGUGUACGUGACCGAGAUCGACCCCAUCUGCGCCCUGCAGGCCUGCAUGGACGGCUUCAGGCUGGUGAAGCUGAGUGAGGUCAUCCGGCAGGUGGACAUCGUCAUCACCUGCACAGGCAAUAAGAACGUGGUGGUGAGGGAGUACCUGGACCGCAUGAAGAACGGCUGCAUUGUGUGUAACAUGGGGCACUCCAACACCGAGAUCGACGUGGCCAGCCUGCGGACUCCGGAGCUCACCUGGGAGAGAGUGAGGUCACAGGUGGACCACGUCAUCUGGCCCGACGGCAAGAGGAUAGUGCUGCUCGCAGAGGGUCGCCUCCUCAAUCUGAGCUGCUCCACAGUGCCCACCUUCGUGCUGUCCAUCACCGCCACCACCCAGGCUCUGGCUCUCAUAGAGCUGUACAACGCUCCUGAAGGUCGCUACAAACAGGACGUCUACCUGCUGCCUAAAAAAAUGGACGAGUACGUGGCGAGCCUCCACCUCCCGACGUUCGACGCACACCUGACGGAGCUCAGCGACGAGCAGGCCAAGUACCUGGGACUCAACAAGAACGGCCCCUUCAAGCCCAACUACUACAGGUAUUAACCUACUUCCGAAAAGGCGACUCAACCCUAAAGAAAUAUCAAGACUGCACAAACCCUACCGACCAAGACGAAGAGAGGAGAGAGAGGAGGGAGAGGAGGGAGAGGAGAGAGAGGAGGGAGAGGAGGGAGAGGAGGGAGAGAGAGAGGCGUUUCCCAGGAGACUGCCGUAGGCGGAGCUGAUGGCGUGUAGUGGGGGGCCGGAGCCAGUGCCACAGUGGUUUUAUUUAUUUCAGCUACGAAACCCCGUUACCCCCCCCCCCCCCCCCCCCCCCUUUUUACUCAAACUUCUAACCACCUCUGAUGCUCCGAGACCCUCCCACUCUAUUCCCCUUACACCGUAUGCUGUAGAAAUCUCACCGUCAUAUUAACACUAGACAUGAAAAUACGUCUUAUUGUCUUUAUUUUCUACUUGUCAUUUAUUUUAUUUUUUGUCUUUUUUUGUAUCAUCCUGGUCAUAGGAGGAAUGGGGGAGAUAGAGUAGAGCAGUCGUCAUAUUAUUUUCUUCUUUUUUAUUUAAAGCACUGAUCGCUCGAGACAACACUUUUCCUUUUUUCCUAUGUCUUUGGAAACCUUUUUCCUUUGCCUCUAGUUGAGAGAGAAGCGAAUUGGACAGAAUCCCUGUUCAUUUUCAAACCUCUCCCGCCAACAUUCUCUGUCUGUUUUAACGGCUUCUUUACGACUGGUGGAGUUGCCGAGCAACGCAGCACGUUGACGUUUGUUAACCCCCUCACCUUACGCCAGUGUUGAAAAUUUGGAAAGUAUUUAGGCAGCGGGGAUUCACGUUGUUGGUAGCCUUUCGUUGUUUUUUUCCUUCCAACAAACAGAAUAUGGGCAUGGGGAGCAGUGAUAUCAUACAGAGAAGUAUAUAUUUAGAUUUUUAUAGAGAUUUUUUAAAUUAUUAUAACUCCUACUGUCAUUAUUAUGAUGAUUAUUUCAAUUAUUAUAAUUUCUGUUAUUGGUAUUGUUAUUAUUAUUGAUAAUAAUGAUUACAAUAAUAAUGAUGACAUUAGGAGCCUUUCACCCACCUUUAACUGUCUGCUUUUGAAUAAUAUCAUUACCAUUCUGUCAUUAUGAAGAUUAGCAGUUAAAUGUUAUCAAAUAUUAUAUAUAUUCUAAUGUCCAUUGUGAAACCCCUAUUUUCUAUAAUGUGAAAGUGACCAUUUCAUUUCAGGGGACAGUUGGAUGCAUGGUACUGAUAUUGCGGCUUACAAAAUGGUAAAAAAAAAAAAAUAUCAGCCAGCUGUUAAAUCUAAUCCUUACAGAUUGUUUUGGUUCUUAAUACUGGAAUUUGUGUAGCCUCCUACCGGUUGGCUUGUGAUGUGUAAGAAUUUGGGACCUUAUUUUACCAUUCACAUGAUGAAAGCCGAUACAUUUACCUCGUUAGAAUACGUUCGGUGAAGAUAUUUUCGUUUUGACUUUUUAUUAAAAUAAAGGGAAUAUAAAAUAUGUUGCUUUUCCUGGAUUAGUGCGAUCUCUGCCGUGUUUCAUUCAAACCAGCUACAUGUCCCGAUCCCAUGCAGUAAAUGCAAGACGUCAUUCGCGGUUCUAUGGGGAGGUGUUUGCGUAUGGUCGACCCAACAUCUCCGAACACAACUGGAAUCUACAGUGGGUUGCUAACGCUAGCUUGAUUCACAUUUGAGCUCUAUUCACAGACAUCCCAUCGUGAAACCUAAAUCCUUGUCAUUUUGCAAUGCUCAAGCGCCGCACCGCACCCGCCAUUUUGUGUUCCAGCCCCUAUGUAAGCUAUCAACUAGUUUGUGUUGUAUUCACACCUUUAUUUUGAGUUUUUAGAGCAAAUUUUACUCCCGUUUUUUUAAUCAUCCCGCAUCUAUAUGUGUCUCUUUUGCUAAGAUUUAUAUCCGUUGUCUUUAGGUUUCUGAUACGUACGUUUUUCCUUCCUUUCGUUCACUCCCAAUGCGUUCCCAACGGUUCUCGUUUCAUUCGCUGCAGUUGUCUCAGGCUAGUUAGCGUUCUUAAGUGGUGACGUCACAUGGGUCGGGGCGAGGGAGGGAGAUGACGCCUGCGUCUCACUUGAUGAUAAACUCUGCGGAGAGGAAACUCGGAUCUGAUAAAACUGUAUUUAUCGCUGUAAGUCUUCAGAGCAAGCCGCAAAUUCUCAAGAUUGAAGUUGUCUGAAAAGAAAAAUGUAAAAAAAAUAAAAUUUAAAAAGUUUUAAAUAUUGCAAGUGAUUAUAGUAGAUGAGCAAUAAUGAAAUCUGUAAUCUUAAAAAAAUAAAAAUAAAGUGUAAACAAA